AUUGACACAAGAGACUUUGAUUAACACAAAAGUGUGAUUUAAGUAAGGCCAAAUAAAUAAUUAAUUCACUCCUCCCACUAGGGCCACUAUCAGAGUCCUCAAUGCCUCCACGCUGACAGCUGCAAAAACAAACCACUUCUUCUUUCAAAUUCACUUUCCCCAUUCUCGUCCGCAAUCCCUCAUACUCACAAAAAAGGGGCACUUGAUUUUGAUCUUUUUUACCUUCCGAAAAUGUAGUUUUAAUGAGUGACUUUCUCCACUUCCUAGGAAUAUAUACAAACAGAUCGUAGGCAGUUCAAAGCACAAGACAAAAAUGGCUCCUUCUCUCCUUCGCCCUCAAGAAAAGGUUGGAAAUCUCAGUAGUUACAAACAUACUGAUUCUCUCUCUCUUGUAUGAAUUGAUAUUGAGAUAUAUAUAUCUGACACAUACACAUAAUAUCGCGAUUUCAGUAAUCCUUCGAUUCAUUGUGUAUUUUCUAGGGGCUUGCUUUGUGUUUUGUUCUCUGUUUGUGGAGUCGUUUGACUAUCAGAUUACCUCUUGUUUUAGUGUUAGGGUUUUCAUCUCUCUUAGGGUUUCAAUCUAUCUCUAUUUAUGCAACAUACUCUAUAUAGCUAUUCCUGGGUCUGAUCGGAGUCGAACAAAGAUUUCCAAGUUUUACUGAAUAUUGAAAGAUGAGGGAAAGAAGGUAUGGAGGAGAAAGAGAAGAUGUUAGAACCAAGACUCAGGAGCGGGAAUACUCGCCUGCUCGCCCUCGUUCUCAUUCUCGCCCUAGACAUGAACUUGAGAGGAGAGACUAUUACGACAGAUAUUUUGAAUCUGAGAGCUUUAGGAGGACUGGGCAGGGUAGUGGGUCACGGGAAAGGAGAGAUUAUGAUAGGCGUUUGGAUGAGGGAGAUAGAGAUGGGGGAUUCCGGAGGAGAGAUUACGGUACCCAUUUCAAGGGUGGAGGUACAGAUGGGCUAUUACUGAGAUUCUGCGAGGACGGUUUGUCAGGUCCAAGGGACUCAACAUCUAGAAAGUUUCAGUGGAAGCAUUCUAUGGAAGAAACCACAAAAUCUAGUGGUGAUGCGGACUAUCAUAGCUUGAAGUAUUUGGCUAAUGAUUAUGCUGUUGGUAGUGCUACCAGAGUCCGUGCUGAAAAGUAUUAUAUUGAUAGAAGAAUCAGCCCUGAAAAGGAGUACAGUGCUGCUACAAGAGAUAGUACUGAACGAAGCUAUCAGGGCAGGGGAUAUCCCUCUAUGGCUCAGUCUAGAAUAUUACUUGAGAGACCCAUUUCUGUAGAAACUGAGGAGCCAAGAACAUACUCUUCUUAUCCGCUGGAUGUUGAUGUGGUGAAGAGUUCUGGCUGUAUGGGUGACAGCUGCUUAUUGCCAUCACGAAGUUUGAAUGUGGGUCUGGAUCUUCGCAAGGAUGAAGACCUUGGGUUUAGAGAAUGCCUGCAUUUGGGUAAACUAGUAUCUGAUAAGCCAUCAGCCAGAAAACUAUGCAAGGAAGAGGAGGAUUCGAUGACCUAUUUAAAAGGUGACACCGAUUAUAUGAUAUCAUCAUCUCGGUCCAAGGCUUUUGUCCCAGGAUCAUCGAGCCCUGCAAAGGAGAAUCUUUUUGUUUCCUUCAGGGAAACCUCCCAUGUUCUUUCUGGCGGUUAUAAACUGAGCUCUGGAAUGAUUUCUAGGCAUGUUGGUGAUAAUGGGUAUGCUCAAAAAUCGCAUAUCAGAUCCCCUGUAGACCCUGCAGUGCAAUUGAGUGACAAGAGAAACUACCCACGGCCAUACCUUAGUUCACUUAAGGGAGCACAUGGGGAUUAUACUUACUCUGAAGUUCGGACGGGUGAGAAAGGUGAUAUGAGCAUGAUGUGUGGUGAUUUCCAUGGAAAGAUGGUGAAAGUUGAAGAAGAAUAUGGCAACAGAGAUUUAUUCAAAGCUAGCAUUGUGAAUCCUAGUUUGGACAGAAUUCGAAGUAGAGAACAUUUGAGUGAGAGCAGACUAUUGGACCACCAUCUUUUCUCACAACAGCAGCCAAUUCUAGACUGUGACGAUGUAAGUGGACCAUUACACAAGAGAAAGCAAGAUGAGGAAGUCUUGAGUACUAGAAAUACUCACCUUGAGUAUGAAAGCGAAGUAUAUCAGGACCAUGGAAGCCUUCUCUUGGGAGAAGUUCAUCAUUAUGAGACAGAUGAUGGUCCUUGGUCUCAUGAAGAAAAAUUGAAGGUGUUACCAAGUGCAGAGUUUGAUCCAUACUUGGAGGGCUUUGAUGGUAGCUCCCAGCAUAGGUCAAGUGCAGGGGAACUGGGCUUUCAAGUAUCUGAGAAGAUGCUUAAAAGAAAGUAUGCCAUGGAUACGAAUACCAAGCAAAAUUUUGAAAGCUACCGGAAGAAUGCUCUUAUGAUCCAUGAUCAGGGGAAUGGCGAAGAUUUCUUUUUGUCAAAGAAGUCAAGCGUGAGCCACUCCCAAUAUAGGAAGACUGGAAGGACAUAUAAUGAGAUGGCCACUCAAAUGAUUUCUAACCAUGGAAAUUUGUCAGUAUCUAUGCCACGGCUUCUAAGAAAAUCCCACAAAUCCAUAGGUAGAGAUAUAAAAAAGCGCUUGGGACCAGUUCCUCCAAAGGUUCAUGUUACACAUCCUUUAGUGAAAAAGACCAAACAAUCAGUGAAGAAACGGUUGGGACCUGCUCCUCUGAAGGUUCAUCGUCCACUCCCUUGGCUAAAUAAUUUUGAACCUUACAAGUUGCCAAGAAUUCAAGAUGGUUCUGAUGGAAAUCUUCAUGAUCAAGGGGGUGACCCCUCUGAAGGUAAUGCCACUCCUGCAAAAACUGAGCCACCUGAAAACUCUGAGGACUUUAAGCAUAUGGUGCAUAGUGCCUUUUUCAAGUUUGUGAAGCAGUUGCACGACAAUAUUGGUCAAAGGAGAAGACUAAUGGAGCAAGGAAAAGCUGGUAGUUUAAGGUGCAGCAUAUGUGGCAGUGACUCCAAAGAGUUUGUAGACACACAGAGCUUGGUGAGGCAUGCCUUCAUGUCUCCGAAAGUUGGGUUCAGAUCGCAGCACUUGGGUUUUCACAAAGCACUUUGUGCACUAAUGGGAUGGAAAAGUGCAGCGGCCCCCAACAAUCCCUGGGUUUGUGAGAUACUGUCUGAUGCUGAAACCUUAGCUGUAAAGGAGGAUCUCAUUAUUUGGCCCCCAGUUGUGAUCAUUCAUAACAGUUCCAUAGGAAACUAUAAACCAGAUGACCGAGUUGUUGUAUCCAUUGAAGUGCUUGAGGCUAUACUCAAAGGAUGUUCACUAUUGGAUACGGCACUUGCCAUUGGCUGAUUUCACAUGUCAUCAUGUCAAAAGUGACUUGCCUAGCCAAAUGAAAAAGGUCAAAAGCGGAUGUGAAGCAGUGUCAGAGCAUACCUUUCCUUAAUCUAGCUGACUAAAAGUUGUAAGAAUAAAGCUUUUUAAGGUUUUUGAUUAAGACAAGUCUUGUUUCUCUGAUCGGUGGUUUACCAUAACUGUUUCUCAUUUUCUUCGACCUCUGGUUAAUUUCAGAGCUGGACCUCGGGGAAAGGACAAAGGUGUGCCGUGGGAAACCUGCAAAUCAGAGUAUUAUGGUGGUGAGAUUCAGCAGCACCUUUUCUGGGUUGCAAGAGGCAGAUAGGCUUCACAAGUUCUAUGCUGAAACUAAACAUGGACGGGUUGAGUUUCAACAGAUCAAUGCAACUAGUAGCACCGACAGUAGUGGGGAAACACAAAAAGCAACAGCAGACAAGGUGGAAAAUGUUUUAUAUGGGUACCUGGGGACUGCCGGAGACUUGGAUAAACUUGAUUUCAAGACCAAGAAACGAUGCUUGGUCAAGAGCAAGAAGGAGAUCCAUGAUAUUGCAGAUGCAUCUCUUAAAACUUAAAUGAGAUACUCUUAGUUGUUGACAGUGACGAAUUUUACUGACAGGUGGUGGUUUGGUUUUUGCAUUUGCUGAAAGAGGAAAAUCAGAUACGGGGUUUAAGUUAUAUUAUCUAUUACGGAUUAUUCAAGUGGAUACAAGUUUUUGAAGUUUAAAGCACCUAAUUUUAUCAUGAACUGAACAUUAUUUAGUUGCCAGCCUUGAGUGAAGGUGACAAGUCUUGGCCAUAUAUCUUCUAUAAUUGUGCAUAUAACCAUAUUAUCUAUAUUGGUUAUCCUUUGAUUCCAAGUUAUGGAAUGAUUUACAACUAUCCCGGAUAACUCGCUCAAGGUGUUGAAGACAGUUUACAUUACAUUUAUUUUAUACCUUAUAUAGUUGGGUAAAUGUUUUUUUUAAGGGUGUUAUGC